ACCGGGGGUGGGGUUACGUGUGGGUGACGUGGCUGCUUCUUAAUCUUUGGUCGGGUUUCGGCGGCUACGGCGCCCGGGGAGGAGGAGGUGACCACUUUGGAGAUUGUGGCAGCGGCAGGCGGUAAAAAGGAGUCCGAGGUUAUGCGUCUCAAUGAUCCCGCGGAAACGCUACGGGUCUAAGAACACGGAUCAGGGUGUCUACCUGGGUCUCUCAAAGACACAGGUCCUGUCCCCUGCAACUGCUGGCAGUAGCAGCAGCGACAUCUCCCCUCAGCCCCCCCCAGUGACCCUGGCCCCUCCCCCUCCCGACACCAUGUCUUGCCGGGAUCGGACUCAGGAGUUCCUGUCUGCCUGCAAGUCCCUGCAGAGCCGUCAGAAUGGAAUUCAGACAAACAAGCCAGCUCUGCGUGCUGUCAGGCAGCGCAGUGAAUUCACCCUUAUGGCCAAGCGCAUUGGGAAAGACCUCAGCAACACAUUUGCCAAGCUGGAGAAGCUGACAAUCUUGGCAAAACGCAAGUCCCUCUUUGAUGAUAAAGCAGUGGAAAUUGAGGAGUUAACUUACAUCAUCAAACAGGACAUUAAUAGCCUCAAUAAACAAAUCGCCCAGCUUCAGGAUUUCGUGAGAGCGAAGGGCAGCCAGAGUGGCCGGCACCUGCAAACCCACUCCAACACUAUUGUGGUCUCCCUGCAGUCAAAACUGGCCUCCAUGUCCAAUGAUUUCAAAUCAGUUUUAGAAGUGAGGACAGAGAACCUGAAGCAGCAGAGAAACCGGCGGGAACAAUUCUCUCGGGCGCCCGUGUCAGCCCUGCCCCUUGCUCCCAACCACCUGGGAGGUGGCGCAGUGGUUUUGGGGGCAGAGUCUCGUUCCUCUGGGGACGUGGCCAUCGAUAUGAUGGACUCGCGGACCAGCCAGCAGCUGCAGCUCAUUGAUGAGCAGGAUUCCUACAUCCAGAGCCGGGCAGAUACCAUGCAGAACAUUGAGUCUACGAUUGUCGAGCUGGGCUCCAUCUUUCAGCAGUUGGCACACAUGGUUAAGGAACAGGAAGAGACCAUUCAGAGGAUCGAUGAGAAUGUGCUGGGAGCCCAGCUGGAUGUUGAUGCUGCGCAUUCAGAGAUCCUCAAGUACUUCCAGUCGGUCACUUCCAACCGGUGGCUCAUGAUCAAAAUCUUCCUCAUCCUCAUUGUCUUCUUCAUCAUCUUUGUGGUCUUCCUUGCCUGAACCUUCUCCACUCUGAGCCACUCGGUGGGGGUUUGCAACCCUCCUGGGAGGGCAGGUAGCCAGAGCUGCCACUGAGCCUGUGCAGGGUGCUUGGAGAAAGGCCCUGUGUCCCUGGAACUGCUAAGAAUGGCCACUGCCCUUGAUCCCCCAUCCUUUGCCUCUGGUCACCCAUUCUCCCUCACCACCCUCAGGCCCAUGAAACACAUGGUUCUGGAUUUGGACUCUGCUGUGAAGUGGCUGGAAGAGAGCAGGGGCCAGCUGGAGGUCGGUGGAGAAGGUUGUCUCCACUAGGAGAUUUUAUGACCCCUACCCAGGCAUUCCCAAAGGAAACUUUGGCAGUUGGGGGGAGAUGAUGCCCUUCCUCACCUUCCUGAGAGUGAGGAGAGGAAGUAAAACUGCCCCAGGGACCAACUUUCCCAUCUGGGUUAGGAUUUGAUCUCUUCCUCUCUCUGCCACAUGAGGCAGGUGCCUGCACAACCGUGACAUUGGCUGCUGGUGACUCUCAACCUGCCAAAUGCGCUGCAGCCCAUUUUCUCCCAAUUACAGCAAGACUGUCAGCCUCA